CAGACGUGUUUACCACAUAGCUAUACAUCUAUGUAGUUUACCAGGCGUUACAAUUUACAUACAAUAUGUAACAUGUUAGUGAGGUUAGGUGUGCGUUAACUUUGUGUAGGCUAUCGUUACAUGUGGUUGAAACAAACCGGAAAUAUGCUGUGAGACAGUAGCUUGUGUUACCAAGGCUACCACGCUUCAUUUACAACAAUUUAUACGUCCUUGCUGGCCUCCCCGGUACGUAUUUUGUUAAAUGUGUUUACUUCAUCGCUGGUGGCAUACCAACCAAGACAAGAAUUGUGCCGUUUUUCUCGCGUAGACCUGCUGUGGGUACCUGGCUGCUGUCACACAUGCCGCCGCUGGUUAGAAGACUCAACUCCGUGGAUACAUUUAUGGAGCCAUGUUUAUCCACCGACCACGUUAAAAGCCUCUUCGUUCUUGGUGUGAAUGGACAUAUUUGACUAUUUUGUUAACAGAACAACGUCAGAGGGCUUCUGUCUGUUGUUUUUAAGAACCUCCUGGCAUUUUUCUAACCUCCGCUGGGGAUAAUAAGGAAGACAGGCGACAUGGUGGUCAACACCAUCCACUGGUUUAGGAAGGGACUGCGGCUGCACCACAACCCGUCUCUACGGGACUCUAUCCCGGAUGCGGACACCCUGCGCUGUGUUUACAUCUGGUUAGCAGGGUCCUCCAAUGUGGGCAUCAACAGAUGGAGGUUUUUGUUGCAGUGCUUAGAGGACUUGGAAACCAGCCUGCGCAAACUCAACUCCCGCUUGUUUGUCAUCAGAGGCCAGCCUACAGAAAUCUUCCCUCGGAUGUUUAAGACCAUUCUUUAAGAUGGAGACAGAAUGCGACAAUUCCAUCAUUUGCAGAGGCACGCUAUGGCCUGCUUCCUCACCAGGGGGGACCUCUGGGUCAGCUGGGAGGAAGGCAUGAAGGUGUUUGAAGAGUUGCUUAUAGAUGCGGACUGGAGUGUAAAUGCUGGCAGCUGGAUGUGGUUUUCUUGCAAUUCCUUUUUCAAGCAGUUUUUCCACUGCUACUGCCCUGUGGGAUUUGGACAACGCACAGACCCCAACGGGGACUACAUACGGCGUUAUUUACCCAUAUUGAGGGGCUUUCCAGCCAAAUACAUCUAUGAUCCUUGGAAUGCCCCAGGGGAAGACCAGAAGGCAGCCAAGUGUAUCAUAGGAGUCCACUACCCCGGGCCCACGGUGAACCAUACUGAGGCCAGCCGCAUCAACAUAGAGCAAAAAGCAAAUUUACAGAGGACUGGGCCUGCUGGUAACAGUACCGGCCAAUCCCACAAACAGUGCAUGUAGCUCUCUUCACAACAACACAGACACAGGUUGGUUCUUUGAAACGGGCAUUUAUUGCUUUGCUGUUCUGUCCUUAAUGCAUCCACGUCACGCCGUGAGAACCAUAUAUGAAUGAACAUAGUAAGCGCGUCAAAUAAAUUGUACAUUACCAAAGAAGAAAAAAGUACAAAUUGCGCUUGACAUAGAAACUUUAAAAAAAACGGGUCAAAUUUGACCUAAGGACAACAUGAGGGUUAACUUAUAAAUGUGGGAUUUCUUUUACCAUUUAAUUAUGAAAAUAAUCAAUAAAAUGUUUUAGUCUGAAUAGAUGAAAGAAUCAAUAAAAUGUUUAAGUCUCAAUAGAUGUGACUGUGAUUUUGGAAUUGGCGGGUAACGCUGUUAAUCUACCUGCCACGAGAAUUGCAUGAUUCAGACGCGUAACUAUCGGUAAGCAAUGCAUGCUGUGAUGUUAUUUCACUAUAAAGUCGCUGAAAGUUGCUGCUGUUUCAAUCCUGUUGGCUCGCUGCAGUGGGCCGGGCUGCUGCUCCGUUCCCCCUGCGACUGAUGCGCACACACACAUAAACACAAACAAACACACACGGUGGAUGCAGAGGAUACCACAAAUGAGAUGUAGAGGAUGACUUAAAUUGAGGACAGAUACAUUACAGAUACCGUAUGAAUGUGCCCCAGCCCAGGACAGGAAAUUAUGUCUUUACGCUGGAUUAUUAUGCUGGUGUAUCAAGGCGGGCCUCCCCUGCUACAGCACGUGAUGACGAUGCAAUGUCCACAGGUGGGCUACCGUGAAUAGGACAGGAUAGGAUCACAGGAUAGGAGACACAGCCAUUCUGUUUUUUCACCUUUGAAAACCAAAAACAAACAGGUAAAAAGGGACUGUGGCAGGUUGUCACAAAAGUUCUGAAAAAGCCUCUGGUAACGUAACUACCUUGUUUCGAAGUGAACAGAUCUAGUGUGUGUUUGUUUUUUUAAUCAAGUGUAGUGCCACUGACUUGUAGCUACAUCACACCGUGCUCUUUGCACUAGGAUGAGCUUCUACAACCCUGGCAAGCUCGCUUCUUGGUAGAAGUCCCUUGAAUUCUCUGCCAUACCUCUGGAGUCUAGCAACAGAUCUAACUGCUGUGGACCAGUCAGAAAAAACAAUGAAGCGAUUUGCUAUUGAGUUGACUUCUUUAGUCUUAGGCAUGAACAUGGGCUUUGCAAAGCUCAGGGUCGGUACCUUAGAGCUUAGAGCUAGACUCUUUCAGCUGAAAUGCACUCAGUCCUUUUGAAGCGUAGUCGGCUGGAUUGUCAUCUGCAGUGUGAUCUGCAAAAUCAGAUCCAAGGACUUGUAUCAUGUCCAAUGGAUUGUUCUCUUUGACUUGAGUUUGGCGCACACAGUGUACUUCUUUCAGCUCACCGGAUGCAUGUCACUUAUCGCACUAUGAUUCUGCGACUUGUUACUAUUGCGUUGCCGUAGUCACUUGCUGCGUUCGAGCAGCCGACAAUGCUCUAGCCGAGAUCAGUUUGCUGUGCACAUUGAAGAUUUUCUUCACCAUACAGGAUCUCUCUUGGAAAAAGGGCUUGAUGAUAGUUUUAUAGCCUCAGCAGACCUACUUCACAGUCCAGUGGUGCUGGAAUCUUGUCUGCAAAUUGCUUCAUAUGAGGCCAUUAUUUGGAUUGUCCAAUCUGUCCGAUCUGUCUGCACUGUGUGUGAAAAGUGGUGGUAAUGAAAGUAAUAACUUCAUAGGUAAAUUCACGUCACUGUUAAAUGUAUUGCAGUGUUUUCAUAUCCAAUUAAUCAAACAAAAUGUGAAUUGAUGCCAAGUGAAUUUGAAAUAAUCUGUUGACGCGUGUUCUGUACUUCACGUUUUAACACAGAAAGAGGACACUCCACGCAGAAGCCGUGAAUAGGCUUCAACCCUGGAGAACAAGCAAAUAGUGGGAAAAAGGCGGAAUAUCAAGGGUCCCUCCGGCAGCCUGGAUCAGAUGGAUAGCAGUCUCUCCUGCAGUGCUGUCAGCUGACACACAGGAACAUGAAACUAACAAUACAUAACAUGCAUGGUCUCAAGAUAAGAGACAUCACACAUCUCAGGAAUUUAGAGGAAACCUGUAAAAUUCAGAGCGUAAUGAAACAAAAGUUGUGAGCCAAUUAUUGUCUUCCUCUACAUUAUGUCACUGUAAAUUCUUGAAACCACUAAUCAUAAUUACCCUAUUUUCCCCUCAACAGCCACAUCAGUCAGACCAGGUGAUCAUUUGGGUGAAACUGUGUCAUUCAGCCGAUUAUUAAAUCAGCCAAAUGUUUAUCAAGGCAUCAGUUCUCGUAGAUAGUGAGCUAAACAUUUUGCUAAUGCAUAGGCUUCAGUAUUUCAAAUCUCAAACUCUGGUUCCGAUCUGAGUGAUAGGAUCUUAUGACACAAUCCAGAGACUGUGGAAGAUUGGUUGUCUACAGCUGAAACCCUCAACCACUGUGGCACACUGACAUAUGAUGACCUGGAUAACAUACUGUUGUAUUUUUUCUUAAAAACAAUCAUCCAAAUAUUGCAUAUUUUAUAUUUUAAGUCACACUGUCAGGAUUUCUUUUCAAAUAUUUAGUACAUAACAUUCUGAUGUGCAGUAGUAAUUAAUAUUAGAAGCAAGACUAUCAGGUUUGAUAAUGAAGCAGGCCUCACAAAUGUCGUCAUACAUUAAA